GCCGCUCCGCGCCUCAGAGCCGGGACGGCGGGGCGGGCCUUGCGGCCCAGGCCCAUGCCCAGUGCCCGCCCCGGCCUCAGGCCCUAUGUAAAGUUGGCGGUGGCCGAGUCUGAGGCGUUGGUGGGAACUCGCGAGCCUUGCACACAGACGCCCUCAGCGCCCCGUCUUCCGCGCCGCGAUAUCCUUAUAUCCCCUGACGGGUGCUGUGGGAGGCUGAGGACGGCAUGCGGGACUACGACGAGGUGACCGCUUUCCUGGGCGAGUGGGGGCCCUUCCAGCGCCUCAUCUUCUUCCUGCUCAGCGCCAGCAUCAUCCCCAAUGGCUUUAAUGGUAUGUCGAUCGUGUUCCUGGCGGGGACCCCGGAGCACCGUUGCCUUGUGCCUCACACCGUGAACUUGAGCAGCGCGUGGCGCAACCACAGUAUCCCGUUGGAGACGAAGGACGGACGACAGGUGCCUCAUAGCUGCCGCCGCUACCGACUGGCCACCAUCGCCAACUUCUCUGAACUGGGACUGGAGCCAGGACGGGAUGUGGACCUGGAGCAGCUGGAGCAGGAGAACUGCCUGGAUGGCUGGGAGUACAGCAAGGACAUCUUCCUGGCCACCAUCGUGACAGAGUGGGACCUGGUGUGUAAGGAUGACUGGAAGGCUCCAUUCACCAUCUCCUUGUUUUUCGUGGGUGUGCUGAUGGGCUCCUUCAUUUCGGGACAGCUCUCAGACAGGUUUGGUCGCAAGAAUGUGCUGUUUUUGACCAUGGCCAUGCAGACUGGUUUCAGCUUCCUGCAGGUCUUCUCUGUGAACUUCGAGAUGUUUACCGUGCUUUUUGUCCUUGUUGGCAUGGGUCAGAUCUCUAACUACGUGGCAGCAUUUGUCCUGGGAACAGAAAUUCUUUCCAAGUCAGUUCGAAUUAUAUUCGCCACCUUAGGAGUUUGCAUAUUUUAUGCAUUUGGCUUCAUGGUGCUGCCUCUGUUUGCAUACUUCAUCAGAGACUGGAGGAUGCUGCUGCUGGCGCUAACUGUGCCAGGGGUGCUGUGUGGGGCUCUCUGGUGGUUCAUCCCUGAGUCCCCCCGAUGGCUCAUCUCUCAAGGCCGAAUUAAAGAGGCAGAGGUGAUCAUCCGCAAAGCUGCCAAAGUCAAUGGGAUUGUUGCACCUUCCACAAUCUUCGAUCCAAAUGAGUUACAAGACUUAAAUUCCAAGAAGCCUCAGUUGCACCACAUUUACGAUCUGGUCCGAACACGGAAUAUCAGGAUCAUCACCAUCAUGUCCAUAGUCCUGUGGCUGACCAUAUCAGUGGGCUAUUUUGGACUUUCUCUUGAUACUCCGAACUUGCAUGGGAACAUCUAUGUGAACUGCUUCCUACUGGCAGCUGUUGAAGUCCCAGCCUAUGUGUUGGCCUGGAUCUUGCUGCAGUACUUGCCCCGGCGAUAUUCUAUCUCUGCUGCCCUUUUCCUGGGUGGCAGUGUCCUUCUCUUCAUUCAGCUGGUGCCUUCAGGAUUGUUUUACUUGUCUACUGCCUUGGUGAUGAUGGGCAAGUUUGGAAUCACCUCUGCCUACUCCAUGGUCUAUGUGUACACAGCUGAGCUGUACCCCACUGUGGUCAGAAACAUGGGUGUGGGAGUCAGCUCCACAGCAUCCCGCCUUGGCAGCAUCCUGUCUCCCUACUUUGUUUACCUUGGUGCCUAUGAUCGCUUCCUGCCUUAUAUCCUCAUGGGAAGUCUGACCAUCCUGACAGCUAUCCUCACCUUGUUCUUCCCCGAGAGCUUUGGUGUCCCUCUCCCAGACACCAUUGAUCAGAUGCUAAGGGUCAAAGGAAUAAAACAAUGGCAUAUCCAAGGCCAGACAAGGAUGCAAAAAGAUGGUGAAGAAAGCCCAACAGUCCUAAAGAGCACAGCUUUCUAACACCCUGUCCAGAAGAAGACUGCAUGGAAACCUGAAUGCUGUCAGAAAUGCACUCAAUGACCAAGAGCUUUUCUGUUCUGUUGACCUUGUGUCUAACAUGCUCAUGGACUGGGGCAUCUGUCCUGGAGAGUCACCUUCCUCCAGGGCCACCAAGGCUAACCACAGACAGCUUGCACAUCCCAUCACAGUGCUGGACUUGGGCCUUCCAUAGACGUUAAUGAGUCUCUUGAAACAGUGGGACUUGGAAGACUAUGAGAAACAUCUGCUAGACAUGCUUUGUUAUUUUAAAAUACCUGAUAAGGGUGCAGAUAGAACUACAGGUCUAUUUUUCCCUAAAUGAAGAACUUACAGGAAAGGAAUUAAUGUGACUCAGUGGCAGUGUGCUUGUCUAGGAUGCACCAGAAGGAAACAAAAAUUUCUUUUCAGAAAAUAAGUGAUUUUAUGGGGAGUUUGAUUUCUCAUCUUACCUAAGUUACCAAAACUCUAAUUGUGAUUGUUUUAACUCAUGACAGAACACAAGACCAAGGGAACCCUAAAGGAAACUAAGGUGGAAGCUGGUACACAAAGCAGACAGUGUGGACUGUGACUGCUCAGUCCCACAGCCAGCUGUACUGUGUGUCUGCUCAGGGUCCUGUGAGAAAUCCACUGUUGAGGCCAAGGCUUGUCUUCCACUGCUGUGUAAAUCAGAAUUCUGGCUGCCAGCCACUUACCUGUGUCUUGAAGGACAUGUAUGGAUAACAGAGUGUCCCUUCCUUCUCCCAGCACUGUCAUGGGGGGUUUGUUUGUUUGUCAUCUGCUGUUGUGUCUCAAGCUAUUUGUCCUUUAGCAGAAACAUGGGAACUGCCUGUGUUUCCAGCCCAGAGUCACCCUGGCUGGCAUGCAGUUGCCACCAUACAAGGCCUUCCCAGUCUUAGCCACUAGAGCUGCUCUGAGUGCCAAAAAUAAUAACACUAUGCUUCUUCCUUUUACGGUGUGUAAUCAUGAGGAAAAUUACAAGAAAGAAAUGUAAAUUGUGUUCACAGGCUCUCAGAGUUGCUGGCUGCAGUCAUGUCACAUCGGUGGGUAUUUUGUGUUCAGUGUGAUUGUCUUCUCUUCUGAUUAUGUUGCCAUGGUGCUGCGAAAGCACACGCUUCACCCACCUAAAAUACAAAACAAACAGAAAAAUCUGUAUUUUGUGAAAGCUACUGAAGUGCCUUGGGCAAUGAAAUGGUUUUAAUAAACAAUGAUUUUUUUUAAAUAAUA